AUAUCCUCUGGUAAGUUCGCGUAAAAAUUGGAAGAAUGAUGUCUUUAAUUCUGGUACUGUUCUUCAUGUCAAUACAUCAUGUCCUGGCGGCUUCCUUGUUAACCGGCACUAACGAUCCGAACUCUUUGAUCCACGACAGACGUGAAAUAAAGGAGAUCGAUGUUCUGCGACAGCUCAUCAACCAGGAGACUCUCAUCCGUUUUAGCAUUGUUAAAGACGUCAAAGCAACUGUGGAUGACGUCAAUUCUGUUAAGAGAAAUGUCGCUUCCACAGAAACGCAGUUCUCCUCUCUUCAGCAGACACUAAAUGGAUUGAAAAAUCAGGUCGAUUCUCUAGCCAAAGAUAAGAGAUUAGCGGAGAAAGCAGAAACAUUACAAAGGGAAGUUAAUACUCUUAGCAGACAGAACCGGAUUUUGACACAGAAGAUAGAAAACUUGGAAAAACAGGUUGAAGUAAACAAGACAAACUUUUUACAGCAGAUGGUAGACGCAUUACAAAGACAGGUUACUUCUAUGAGUCAGGAACAGAGAAGAGAAAACAAGAAAAUUGCAAAGAAUUGCGAGAACAAGAUUCAAGAAAUCGAGCAGAGGUUUAAUAGAAACCUCACUGAGAUUUACGAACUUCUAAACAACAGAACAUUGCAAACCGUCACAAAAGAUUCCAAAAUAAUUACGGACUGUAAGGAUCACUUUCUACAAGGUUAUAAACAAUCUGGUAUAUACAGUAUAAACCCUUUCUGUAACGAGACUCAGGUACACGUGUACUGUGAUAUGGAGACAGAAGGCGGAGGGUGGACAGCAAUCCAGAAGCGAGUGAGUGGAUCUGUAAGUUUCGACAGAACGUGGGUGGAGUACAAGGAUGGGUUUGGUUCCCCUAAUGACUCCUACUGGAUAGGAAAUGACGUCAUUCAUCAGCUUACUAAGGGAAGAAACUCCUCUUCCUCCCUCUACGUCUCCAUAAUGUUACAAAAUGGAACAAUUUUAUAUGAACUAUAUCGACAGUUCUCUGUGUCUGAUGGAACGGACAAGUACAAACUUUUUCUUGGAGGUCCAGCUACCGGAACUUUGGGUGACGCUAUGUUAGAUACAGGUUAUUCCUUCCACGAUCUGUCUGGGAUGUCCUUCUCUACCCCGGACAGGGAUAACGACGGAUGGAUUGGUGGACACUGUGCUGCUCGCAGUAACCGUAGAGGAGGUUGGUGGUUCAACAGAUGUCACAACGCCUUCCUUAACGGUCAAUGGUCAUCGUGGUCCUGGUACAGACCAUGGUAUCCCACAGUGAAUGAUAGGGCAUUAGUGAGGAAGACAAUGAUGCUAAUCAAACGUCACUAGAUGCAGAAUCAAAAAAGAAGAGAUGGACAAAUUAU